AUGACCACUGUGGACAAGGAAAAGGCCGAAUCGGUGGUGAGCAGAUCGUCAAAAAAGAAGAAAAAUCGGUAAGAAGCUGAAAAAGAGAGCAUUUCGCAAUCGCGGAGUUUUCAGAAAAAAGCGGGCACGACAAUGGAGUGGAUACGUGGAAAAUCUGAAAACAACUAUCGAUUUGAUGUACGAAAUGUGCCGGAGCGAGCAGAGUGUCGCCGGGUGCCGAGUGAGUGGGAAGCUGGAGAAAAAGCUGUUGAGACUGUUGAGACAAGUGGUUUGAUUGCAGGAAGCGAUGCUGUACCUGCAGAGCGCAAGCAACGACUUCAAAUCGCUGAUCGAGACAAUAAACGUGGAGAAAGAGUGGUCUGAGAGCCAGGAGACCCUCAAAAGACCGUCCGUCGCGUGGGAGGUGCGCAAGUCGAUGUGCUCGCCGAACCCGGUGACAAUCAAGGACAAACCGCUCCUGCCGAUCUCCUCGAUCAUCGUCGAGGCCGUCAAAAACACGUCGCCGCCCACGCAAAAGGCCUCCGAACUUCGGACCUACGCGACGAUAGCGGCAGUGGCGGCGGUGGCGGCUUCCGGGGAUUCGGAGGGGUGGAAGGUGGUGUCGAACCGGAGGCGGAAGAGCACUUCCAGCACCACCGUCUCUGAAUUCGACCGCGAAAUCUCUGUGGAGAAGGAGAAAGAGCUGGAGCACGAGCCGUUGAGUGUUUAUGAACGACUUUCGAGCACUUCCUACCAGAAAAGGAGUCCGAAUCGGACGCUUACGUGUCCCAGAAGUGCCAUGGACCUCCCGCAGACCCGUGCUUCGAUGGCCAAAAUGGCCUAUAGUCGGCAGCUUUUGUGGGAAAAGAAUCAGCAGGUGCUCGUGGAGAAACUGAGGGCGAAACAGAAGAAGGAGAAAAAUUCGGCGGCCGGCGGCACGAGGAGCUUCAGCCAGUGCGGAUUCACUUUCGCCGAUCCGCAGGCCGUUCGCAAGAGUGUCGAGGCGUUUCAUGAGCGGAAAAGUGGACUCAGGAGUGUGAAGGUUGGACUUUUUAGACUGUUUUAGAGAAAAAUGAUGAAUCCGACUCAAAAACAUGUUUCAGGAAACGACGAGCGGUUCCCAAUCGUCAAACGUGGAGUUGCACUCGAUAAACGAGACGGGCGAGGAGCGGUCUGAGCACUCGGAGGAGGUGGUCCCGGCCGAUCCGACACCCUCCUCGUCCAUCUCGCAACCGCCGCCCAAUCCGUCGCUUUUCGGCUACGUUCCUGUGCCGGAAGAGCUCGAAAAGGACGCGGAAUGGCGGACGAUGACCGAGGAGGAGGAGUCUCUGGCACUCGAGGAGAACAGUCUUCAUCUGGAGAUAAAAGAGGCCGAAUCGAUGGAAAUCGACGCGGAAUUGGAGCGGCAGGUCGAGGCGGAGGCGGCCAGUUUGGAAAGGGAGCAUCGGGCGAAGAAGAUGGAGAAGAAACGGGAGAAACAGGAGAAGAAGGAGGAGAAAAUCGAGAAUUUCUACAAAGUUUUCGAGGAGAUUCGCAAUCUCGCGUGGUCCGAGCUGAUGGAGCAGGAGAGUGUGGCCCAGUUUUCGGCGCAGAAUGUGCACGAGCCGGGCACGCCCGUCGAAAAACACGAGAAAAUGAGCAGUCCGUCGCGGAGAAGGUUCCAGAAAGACGAGCAGGACUUUGGGAAGAAGCACGAACAGAAGCAGCGGAAUGCGGAGAUACUCAGGCAGCAGUUGCACGACGCAAAAGCCGCCAAAUUGAAGGAAUUGACCAAUCGAGUUGAGGUAUGCUUUUUUUUCUAGAACUCAUUGAGUUAUUUCCAAGUGGAUAAAUUUCAGGAAGUGCGCGCGAAACAAGAAGCGCUGAAAGAGCGAAAACGACGUCAUCUGGAGGAGCGGAUGCGCCGGGCGGCCGAGAAUCGCGACAAGAACAUAAUGGAGGUGAUCAGGAAGGCGAAGGACGACGAUCAGCGCGUGGCCGAAGUGAAGUUCAUCGCCACGUUGCAAGAGGACAACAAGCGGUACGAUCUGAUGGCGAAGGACGCGGAAAUGGAGGAGAAACAGAAGCAGAUGGCCGACGAGCGGGCGCGAAAACACGAGGAGAAGGCGGCGCGGAAGCGGGAGCAGGAGGCGGCGGCGACCGCGCGGAGGGCUCAGGCCGCCGAGGCACGACAGACACGCAUCAGACAGUUGUCGGAGCAGAAGGAGCAGAAGCAGAAGGGCAAGGGACAGAAGGCAGAGGCCACCGGUAGGACUUCUCUCAAUAAAACUAAUUGAAAGCUAUCGAUAAAUCGUUCGAAACUCACAAUUUUCAGCGUCGACGCUUACGCCCGCGUGUUCGGAUGCUCCGGACAUGCUCGCCUAUCUGCAUUCGCUCUGCGACGAACCUCCAGAAUCCCCUUCCACUUCGGAAGCCCCACCCCUUUGGUUGUGGCCCUCUGCCGGCCCAAAACCGGCUCGAAAGUGUUCCCUCUGUCCGGAUACUGUCGUUUUCUCGGAUUUGGAAGCGGCUUCCCAUCUGAUUUGCUCAAAAGAACAUCAGGAUCAGGCGAAGACUCUCACUUCCGGCAGCAUUUUGGAAGAACUCAAACGACACUUUUAUGCCGUUUUCAAUACAUUGGAAAGCUCAGAAGAAAAUGAGGGAAACGAUCAGGAAGCGGUGAAGAAUCAGAUGGAAAAGGGGGAGAUGGAGGCGAGAAAUGCGCUCGAGCAGAUGUAAGAUUUUCGGACAUUUUUUAAAAGGGAAAUUGAUUAAAGUACAUUUUCUUUAUUUUGCAGCCAAAUGACGGAAUCGUUGCCGGCACCGGUAUCCUCGCCCCGAAACCGUACCAAACACAUUCGCGAAUUCAACCUGGCAAUCGAAAAAAUGCAAAAAUGUCAUGGACAACAAAUCGACGAAAAAACGCAAGAAUCGGUGGAGAAAUCGUUGUCCGAACUGCUCGGCGCCGUUGAAUUGGAGCAAAAGCAACACGAAUCGGGAGGGGUUAAUUUGGAGCAGUUCUGUGCGGUGAACGGUCCCCAAAAGAUGGUCGACGCCCUUCUCGAAUGGACCGCCCGUGGCGCGAGUCUGCGGCUCUGCAUCCGAAUCUCCCACGCCUUCUGCACAUUUCUCCGCGAUCCGCACGUCGCCCUCUCGGUCCUUUUCCGUCCCGAACUCCCAAGAAUUCUCGAUCGGAUCUGUCGCUUACUUCUGGCCGAUGACGUCAUCAGUCCGCAGCUCUCGGCUCUUUUGGAUGUGCUCACGGCCACUCUACGCACGGCAGCGGCACCGAAAAAACAGAAAAAGAGCCCGAAAUGCGACGAUAAUUCGAUAGACUCGGUUUUCACGGCUUGCGAAUCGAUUUUGCGUGUGUCUGUGAGCCCUGCGGACCUUCGGAAAGCUCUGGAAGCCAGUCGGGGCUCGGCCCUUUGCUGCCGACUUUUCGGGCUCGCCGAGCAGCUGGCGACACGUGGAAACUCGCGUCUUUUGGCCGAUUACACGGACUCCAUCCUGAAAUUUGUUUACGAAACAAGAAGAUGUGCGAAAAAAGCGUCGGAAGACUUGGCCGCCACGAUUUUGAAAACUGUUUUCCAAAAUCCAUUGAUAUCUACCGAGAAACGCCCGGAAAAUCUGUUGAUUUUGGUCAUUCUUCUCGAAGAUUCGCUCCGCAGAAACGCGAUAAAUUUGAGAAAAACUGGAUAUUUGAAAAAUAGGUACACCGUUUUUCUUGUUUCUGGAAAUAAUGUCGGUUUUUUUAGGCCAUGGGGAUUUUUGAGCAAAGACGAGGAGACACUCAUCCGGCUGAGUGAGUACGCGGAGCAAUUGGCACGAAGAAUGGAGCCAACGCAAAAGGUUUGCUUAAAAGUUGUUCUCAACGCACCAAAUUUCUGAAAACUUUUCCCCGAAUUUUGAUGCAUUUUCCGAAAAUGCUAAUGAGACCACGCGAAUAUCGAUUUUUGUGCAGGGAACUCGCGUAAUUCUGACUUCCCAGUAGAGUGACGUGUCGACUUGAGAGUUUGUCGAAAAGUCGAUAAAAGUCGAGGAAACUCAGACCGAUUGGAUCAUUCGGUCCCGAGAUAUUCUGGUUUGAUGCCGAACAGGCCUUUCCUCUGAUCCAUAUAUCUCGAGACCGGAUGAUCCGAUCGAUCUGAAACUUGGACCCAAUAUACUUCAAUCCCAGUCCAAGAAGCCUAAUGCAAGUAGGUCAAAAGUCCAGGCUUCAGUAGCCUUUGAAAAGCCUGGGCCGGCCUUUUGCCUGGCAAAACUUCAAAUAUGUAUUGCAGCGUUCCUUGCUGAUCUCCUGGACUUCCGGCUCGUCGUCGUGCCUCGAAACGCUGAAAAACGUGCCAGUUCGGCUGUUGGCGAUUGGAAAGCACGCGGAUCGGCUGGUUCCCGCCGUCCGACGCAUUCUGGACCGACUGACAAACUCGGAAAAAUCCGAAUCGCUCGGAGACAUUUCCGCCGAUUUAUUCGCUGAAAAUUUCAUUUUUCCCGGAAGAAAAUUGAUGAAAAAUUAA